UUCAACACUACUAUAUAACAAAUAAUUUGAGCUUGAGCCAUGUCUUUCAACAAGUCCAUAAAGAAGAUCAUUGAUGACGCAGAACAUAAUCACAGCAGUGAUGUUGACCUCUGUGACAGAGCGAUAUCGGAUAUAACAGAGUACAUCUCACCGCUAUCACGUGUCUCCCACCUGACCCGGAUUACCCUAUCACACAACAAACUAACCAACCUGCCAACCACCAUCUCUGAGAUCAAGGGUUUGGAGGCUCUCAACUUGUUUAACAACCAUCUCGAGUCGCUCCCCCUGUCUAUCAACGAUUUGCAGAAACUGAAGCAUCUGAAUGUGGCAGUGAACCGACUGUGGGAGUUGCCCCGGGGUUUCGGAGCGUGUCCCAUGUUGCAGGUCCUGGAUAUCACCUACAAUAACCUAACUGAACUUCCUAACAACUUCCACUACCUCAACACUCUACGAGCGCUGUAUUUGGGAGAUAACGAUCUGAAAGUAGUACCACAAGAAGUGACCCGACUGAAGAACCUGCAGAUACUCUCCUUGAGAGACAACCAUCUUACUGAUCUGCCACCCGCUAUCGGCCAGAUGUCGAAGUUGACUGAGCUGUUGAUUCAGAACAACUUCCUGACUACACUUCCUAUUGAGCUGACACAGACUGAUCUGGCAAAUCCCAAGAACGUGUUCAGGGCUGACGGCAACCCUUUCCAAGAGGAACUCCAGCGACACAUCGAGACUGGUGUCGCUCAAACAUUCCAAUUCCUGAAGAGUGCUGAAUAUGCUAAAAUCAUCGAGAACACCAACCCUGUGGACCAAUCCAAUGCUACCAAAGAUAAAACGCUGAAGAAAAGUAGGAAGGGAGCAAAGAAAUAGAUAAAUAGGCAUAAGUACUGACGACUAAAACUGAAGAAUUAUUCUAGCUGAUUUCGGGGUCAUUUUACCCUUCAUAUGAAAUGCCCGCUGAUGAAAAGGGUAUGUUUCAAGUUGAAAACUUUGUUCACAUCUUCCGUGGCGAGACGAAUGGAAUAUGUUCCGUCUCUAAAAAAAACUUCAUCCUUUGAAAAGAUAAUCAACAAUAUACUCAGCUCUGUGAUACAUUCCAAUACCAGCAACAAUUUAGAUGUACACUUAGUAUUGGAAUAGUUAUAUCAUAUACGAUGCGGAAUAUGAAAACCGCGUUAGUUACGAAUUUUGCUUGUGUACCGUGUGAAUUUCGUGGGUUAUUUUGAAUUGAA